UUUUUCUUCUGCAUUUCUUUAGGCAAAUUUUGGACUAUCAAGAAAAUUGAUGUUUGAGCAAUUUUAUGUAAUUUUGUCGUUGUUUCCGAGAAUAUAAAUUAUUUUUGAGGGUGUGUCGCGAAAUUGUCGGUGUCGGCUUGGGAUCGUGAUUUCUUAAGUUCCCUUCGGUAGGAAAGUCGGUGGUGUUAGAGUCAAUGGUGAGGGGACUAAACUAACUCACUGAAAAGACUGAAGAAAGAUCGCCGGUGAUUCAGUUUUAGUUUUUGUUCCGUUACGGUGUGAUUUGUAACGUGGAGGAGAUAUUUUUUUAUUUUGGUUCUGUAAGCUGUACGUUACGCCAUGGAAUUCAAAACUGUUGUAGGCGUACUAUUUUUACUAGGGGCCGUUAAUUGUCAAAAACGGGACCAAGAAGACCCCUGUCAGACGAAAACACGUGUCGUAGCGGACGCAACCUACUGCGAUAGAUAUUGGGAAUGUGUGGAUGGCCAAGCUGAAUUGUAUGAUUGUCCAAAUGGGCUAGUCUUCGUCGGGAAACAUAGGGGAGUUACAGAAGGAUGUGAUUAUCCUUGGAGAGCAAAUUAUUGCGAAGGAAGGCAGCAAGCCAAUGGGCCUUUGUCUACGGAACAUUGCGAAUGGUUGUACGGGAUAUUCGGUCACGAAUCGUCGUGCACAAGGUUUUGGACGUGCUGGAACGGUACCGCAACAGAACAAUUAUGCAUAGGUGGUCUCCUAUACAACGAAAAGACCCAUUCGUGCGACUGGCCUGAUAACGUAGAAGGCUGUCAAAAGCACCCCCUUUGUAACGACGAUGCAAACGGAAACGUACCUUUGGGUAAGUCGUGUAACAGGUAUUGGCAGUGCCAGGGAGGCUACCCCCGUCUCCAGAGGUGCCCAGCAAUGUUGGUCUUUGACAGAAGAUCCAGGAGAUGCGUUGUACCGCCGACUGAAGAUUGUGAUGUCCCAACAACUCCACCACCACCACCAGCUGAAGAAGAUGAACCUGAAAAUGUUCCUGCGGAAUUUAUCAACUUACCCCCUGGAGCUUUACCGGUACAAAACAGGAACAGGCCAAGGAAUUAAAUUGUUUUUUUUAGACUUUUUUAAGGUUUUAUUGAUAAGGUAAUUGGGGGGCCAUUAAAAGGACCCUGGACCAACGAUCGGAUAGUAAACCGGUGACCUUUCUUUUUGGAUAUUUGUUGAAAAGUACUGUAUGCCAGUAUUGUUAUGAACACGGUUCAAAUUGUACAGUUUUUUAUAUGCUUAAUAUUAUAUGUUUUCUUUAGAAUAUAAUGCCCAUAUGUAUGUAUAUGUAUGUACCUAGGUAAAUAUUUAAGUUAUAUAAGUAU